GCGCCCAGUGCGACUCGCCCAAGGCGUGCCGUGACCCUGCGUCGUACCCUGCGCAGUCCUAGCACCCCACGUCCGCGCCACCACGACUCGCGCCCGCCAUGUCGCCCGCCACUCAGCCCGCGCUCUCGCCGGCCCACGCUGGCGCUGAGCAGCAGGCCGCGCGCAGCAGAAACGGCAGCGGCCACGAGAGCUGGGAGCACGUCGCGCCGCAGGGCAAGGGCUCCAUGGGCCCGCCGGCCGUGCCGGCCUCGCGCAGCGCCGCCCACACCGGUGCGUACAGCAGCGGCGCCUACAACGCCAGCUAUGCGCUGCCGCACGAGCGCGCUGGCGCCGCGCAGAGCAGCGCGUACGCCGCGCCGCACUCUGCAGGUGCACACCCGGCCAGCAAGUCCGCCACCGGCGGCGGCUCGCACGGCCACCGCCCCGUCUCGGCUAUGCCGGCGCCCGUGCGCAGCCAUGCGCCCAGCGCGGCCAUGCCGCACGACGCCGGCGUGCUGGCGUCGAUGAACGCGGGCGCCAGCUACAACGAGCGCCGCGCGUCGGCGCACCCGACCGUCUCGGCAUCGCACACGACGGGCGCCAUCGCGCCGCCAAUGCCCAUCUCGCCCAGCGGCACGGGCCUCGACGCGACGACGUCCAACGCCAUCAGCUCGGGCAUCCCAAUCACGUCGCCAGCGGCGCUCUCGUACUUUGCGGCGCACCCGCGGCGCCAGCAGGUGCACUUUGGCUCGUACCUGCUGCUGCAGACGCUUGGCGAGGGCGAGUUCGGCAAGGUCAAGCUCGGCGUGCACAAGGAGUGGGGCGAGGAGGUCGCCGUCAAGCUCAUCAAGCGCGAGAAGGUCGGCACGCCCGACGGCCAGCUCAACAUCAACGGGCCCAAGGACCCGGCCAAGAUGAGCAAGGUGGAGCGCGAGAUCCAGGUGCUCAAGGACGUGCGCCACCCGAACAUCGUGCGUCUGUACGAGGUCAUCGAGUCGGACCGCUACAUCGGCAUUGUACUCGAGUAUGCGUCGGGCGGCGAGCUCUUCGACCACAUCCUGGCGCACAAGUACCUCAAGGAGCGCGACGCGUGCCGCCUAUUUGCACAGCUCAUCUCGGGCGUGUCGUACCUGCACCAGAAGAAGAUUGUGCACCGCGAUCUCAAGCUCGAGAACCUGCUGCUGGACCGCAAUCGCAACGUCAUCAUCACCGACUUUGGCUUCGCCAACAACUUCGAGGACAAGCGCGACGACCUGAUGGCGACGAGCUGCGGCAGCCCGUGCUACGCCGCGCCCGAGCUCGUGGUGCAGGACGGCCUGUAUGCCGGCAGCGCCGUCGAUGUGUGGUCGUGCGGCGUGAUCCUCUACGCCAUGCUGGCCGGCUACCUGCCGUUCGACGACGACCCGGCGAACCCGGACGGCGACAACAUCAACCUGCUGUACAAGUACAUCAUGGCCACGCCGCUCUCCUUCCCCGAGUACAUCAGCGCCGAGCCGCGCGACCUGCUCUCCAAGAUGCUCGUGCCCGACCCGCUGCGCCGCGCCGACCUCAACGGCGUCAUGGCGCACAGCUGGCUUGCGCCGUAUCGCGACCUGUUCAAGUUUGGCGUCGACGAGCUGGAGCGCGCCGCCAUCGAGCAGCAGAGCAAGAAGCGCCAGAUCUACCGCCAGCAGAUGCAGGUGCAGCAGCAGCUCCAGGAGCAGCAGCGCCAGCACGCCGCCGCUGCGCGCCGCGGCACGGCCACGCCGUCGGACGCCUCGACGACCAAGGCACAGCGCCACCAGAGUGCGAUGGCUACGACGACGGCCAGCCGCUCGGAGGUGGCGUACAACGCGCCGACGCCGACCAGUGCCCGCUCGCGCCCGGUCACGGGCAUCCCGACGCCCAUUGCCGCCGAGCCGCCGCUGCCCGUCGCGCCGACGUCGAUGACGCUGACGCCGCAGAUGAGUGCCGGCCUGGAGGACACGUCAUUCGGCUCCAUCGGUCACCGCUCUGGAGCGCCGUCAUCUGCGGGCCGCAAGCGCGAGGCUGUCGCGCAGGACACGCCGUCUGCAGAUGGCUACGCACAGAAGAAGGCACCGUCGGCACAGAAGACGCAGCGGCACACCAUCCAGCUCGAGUACGACGGCAACUCGAGACAGGAGCAGCAGCGCAGUGCGCCGGUCAGCGCCACGCCGCCGCUGCCGCGCGUCGAGCAGCGUGCCGUCUGUGGCUGCCAACCGGACUGCCUCAAACCCAACGCCCUCCGCAGCGGCCCUGCCCUCGGCGCAGAGCGUCUCCGACCGCAUCGCCUCGACUGGCGCUGCACCGAAGCCGGACAGCAAGCCGCUGAGCCCUUCUGCGCGUCCGACGUCUGCUGCGCCCGAGCGCACCAACUCGCGUCACCGCAAGGGCAUGUCGACGGACAACCGCUUCUUCGCCCGCCUGCUUGGCUCGCCAACCAUCGAUCCGUCGUCGGGACCGGCGCCGCCGCCAUCCGCCAGCGCAGCUGCCGUCGCGCUGCACAAGGAGGAGGCCGCGAGGGAGGGCAGCGGCAGCGGCGGCCGCCGCAAGACAAUGAGUCUGGUCGUUGGCCGCCCAGGCGAGCAGUCGCCCGCCAGCCGCGAGCGCGAGAAGGCGCAGCAGGCCAGCGCCGAGAAGACGACGAAGGCCGAGCGCCGCCGCUCCACGCGCUCGCGCAAGGACACGCUGCAGCGGCCCGAGACGCCGGUGCGCUCCGGCUCGAUGGCCAACGCGCCGCAGCCGACCUCGCCGAACGGCACUGCCUCGAUCAAGACGCAGCGCACUUCGUCGCGCAUCUCGUCGCGCGUCAACGGCGCGCCGGCUGGCCGCCAGCCCGGCGCACUCUUCGACGACCGCACCAACGACAGCACGUCGACCGUCGGCCCGUCGAGCAACGCCGCCAAGAAGGUCAUGGACUGGUUCCGCAAGAAGAGCCUGUCGCGCGGCACGUUCGACGAGCAGCCGCCGCUCGGUCCCUUCGAGGCACCGCCAUCGCCGGCGCCCAGCACUGCCGCGUCUGUCAAGCGGGCGCCACAGCCGGCACAGGGCGAGGCGAGCGCCGCGCCACAGGUCGUCGUGACCGAGGCGGUGGCCAGCACCGUGCCGCACAGCAACAGCGGCGGCAUGGAGUCGGUGCCCUCGUCGCGCUCCACGUCGGGCACGCACAGUCAGACGAGCGAGGCGACGGACGCCACGGGCAUCACGUCCAUCGGCGACCUCUCAAUUUCGCCUAGCGGGCUCAAGUCGACGGGCGCCUCGACGGUGCAGCUGCACGAGCAGCCGCAGCUCUCGACGCCGCGCGCAUCGACGUCGCAGGUCAACGGCACCGCACAGGCGACGCUGGCGCCUGUCGUGCCGCAGCCCGCGCCGCCCGCGCCGCCGCCGACACUGCGCUUCCACCUCGGCGCCGUGGACCAGUCUGCGCUGACGUCGCGUCCGCCGCACGAAGUCUUUGCUGAGGUGCGCCGCGCGCUCGCCGAGAUGGGCGUCGAGGCGCGCAAGGAGCGCGAGGAGGACUUCAAGCUCGAGUGCGUGCGGCGCAAGCGCGCAAAGACGCUCAUCGGCGCCACGCAGGGCCUCGGCACGAGCAUCCGCACCUCCGUCUUCCCGCCGUCGCAGGCGGACCUGCAGCGCUCCACGCGCUCGCCGUCGAUCAGCGGCGGCGCCGGCAGCGGCUUUGCCUCGGCGAGCGCCAGCAGCGGGCCGGGCGGCAGCAUCCGCAACUUCCUGCGGC